AAUAACAUGUUUCAGUUUACAAUUUAAAUAUCAGCGAUGGAAAUGCAUGCCGUUCUUUAUACGUAGAAAUUGACGUGUUACAAACUGUAUACGUACACACAAAAUAAAUUUGAAAAUAUGUAACUUUACGUAAUUAAGUAUUCUACAGAUUAGACUGUAAGAAAUGAUUUAACGAUCAAUCAAUUUAAUAAUCAAGUUAAAAUGCAAUCCAAUAGUACAUCAGCUGCUUGGUUAGAUAUUAAUAAAGCGUGGGAAUCAGUAGCAGAAUUAAAAUAUGAGUUACAGAAAACAGAAAUGAAGUUGAAAGAAGCAAGUCGUCCUUAUUGGAGAUCGAAUGAAAAUUUUUCAAAAUUGGAAGAAUUAAAACCUUCAAAAUUACGAAUUGUUGAUGCUUCUUUGAUUAAUAAAGAUAUAGAAAAUGUAUAUAAUCAUAAAUCAAAUACAACUUCUACAAAAUUUCAAUUUGAUUUUAAAACUGUUGCUAAAAAUGAGACAGAUUCUUUGAAAGAUGUAAAUAAUAAAGGUCCUCUGCAUUCUUGGGAAAAUUUAGCCAGAUUUCAUGAAAACAAAACAAGAACUGUACCUGAAUUUAAAAAGCAACCAGUUGAAAUGUUAUCUUUUUCUAUAAAUAAAAACAAUUAUGAGAAUACAGAAAUUGAUGCUUCUGUUUUAGAUACAAAAAUACGUUACAUUAAUGAUCAUAUAACAUUGCCAGUUUCUAAAGCUGAUACAUUGAAUAAAAAACAUCCAGAAUGGAUAAAAUCUACUGCAAAAGUUCCAUCACAGCAAGGUUUUCAAAAAAUUAGAGAAGUAGUAGAAAAACAAAAACAACAGUUACAAAUAAAAUCAUUUCAAAUGGAAACUAGGAUAAAGUCUAAUGAAAAUAUUAAACAGCCAUUAGAUACAGUAUCAAAAGAAAAGGAAGAUGAAAGCAAAAAUGCUAUUCAUAUAUCAUCUGAUAAAAUUCUAAGCACAACUGUUGAUCCAGAAAAGUCUCCAAAUAGAAAAACAGUUACUGCAUCUUUACCUUUAUCAUACAAAGGCUUUGCUCAUUUUGGAGAUAAAAUUAAUAAAGUGAAAGAUGAAAUACACCAUGCCAAACCAAUCAAAUCUGCACAAAAACAAAAGAUGAAACGAAUAAAAAGAAUUGUUAAUACAUCAGAUAAAACAGCAUUUAUUACACCUUCUUGCUGGAGAGAAGCACAAGAACUUAUAAGAAAAAAAUUAGGCCCGUUCUCAACUGAAAUAUCUGAUUCAGAAAGUAAAAAGCUAUCCAGUAAUAAAACAGAAUCAUGUAGUAAACAGGAAUGUAUUAUUUCUGCAUUUAUUACACCUUCUUGCUGGAGAGAAGCACAAGAACUUAUAAGAAAAAAAUUAGGCCCGUUCUCAACUGAAAUAUCUGAUUCAGAAAGUAAAAAGCUAUCCAGUAAUAAAACAGAAUCAUGUAGUAAACAGGAAUGUAUUAUUUCUGAUUCUGAUGAUGAUUUACCUGAUAUCAUUGAAAAAACAGAUGAAAAAAUGGACGAACAAAAUCUAGAUAUUGACAAACAAACAAAUAAAGAACAAAACAAUUGUGAUGAUGAUAAAGUUAUUUCUGAAGAUGUUAAUUGGAAAGAAGGAGAAAUGAAUGAGCGAAAACAGUUCUCAUUAAAACAGAUAACCAGAAGGAAAAGAAAAACAAAGCAAAAAGAAGAAAAGAAUAUUUCAACAUCUAAAGUUCGUCACUAUGAUCCACAUGUUAUUCGCCACUACAUAGCUAAGCAAAAAUUAGAACGACAAAAGAAGAGAAAAGAAGAGAAGCAAAAACAAUUGUUAGAAAAACAAAAUAAAGAGCAACGUUUACAAGACUUAUAUGCUUUUCAAAAACAAGUUUUUUCUAAUUAUUCAUUAGCAACAAGAGGAACAACAAGUAUUGCCAACAAUAAAAGUAAACAAUUUACAGAACAUAUCUAUUUAGAUUUGAUGCUCUCUGAAGAUAAAUCAGUUUCAACUGUGUCAUCACAACUAGUGAAUUUAAAUUCAAAAAAAUCAAAAUUCAAGCAACUUGAAGAGAAACAGUUUGAUGUCAAUACUACAAAAAAUACUCAAACUGAAAUUCCAAAUAAUAAUUUAGAAAGUCUAGCUAAAAAUGUAUUAUCAACAGAUAAAUUAUCAUCACUUGAAAGUAGUAUCAAUACAGAUGAAGAUAUAGGAAACAAUUAUGUUCAAAUAACUCAUAUAAAUUGUGAUAUUAACAAAAAAAUUCCACCAUCCGAUAAAAGUGCUGAAGAUAAAAUAGAUGUUACAAGAAACGAUUACAUUCAAGAAACCAAAAUAAAUUCUAAUACCAAUGAAGGAAUUAUUUCAUCAGAAAAAAGUAUUCAAGAUAACAUAGUGUCAGAUGAAAGGUUAACAAUGCUGAAAGCUUUUGCUACAUCUAUACAAAAUCAAAUAGAUCUUGAGACUGAAAGAAUAAAAGGUUUUUUAUUUCAAAAAUCCAUAAUGCAAACUUCUAAUCCAGCUAUAUCUGAAAUACAUCAAGAUGUAGGGAAGAGUGGUCAACAGUUUGUGGCAGGGUCUUCAAAGAAGAAAUCUGAAGAAAAUUAUAAAAUAUUACCUGGUGUUCAAAAUGUUCACAGCCAUGUUUUAGAAGUAAUAGAAAAAAAGAAAACCGUAGCAGCUAUCAAGAUACAAUCUGUUUAUAGAGGAUAUGUGGCACGAAAAGCUUAUAAGGAAAUGAAAAAUAUUUCAAAUAAUUUAAACAAGGUAAAUGAAAGUCUCAGUGAAGGACCAUUAGAAUCUGAGGAGGAUAUUAAAUCACCUCAAAGUAUCUUGAAUAAAACAGAUACUGAAGAAGAAGAAAAAGACUUAGAAGUUAUUAAUCAGUCAGAAAUUAAUCAAUCCUUAGAAAUUCAAACAGAAGCGCACUCACAACAUUCCGAUAAUGUUGAAUCUUUCCAUUAUUCUUCUGAUUUUAUAUCAAUUAAGGAAGAUGUAUCUACUCAUUCUGAUCUUCCUUCUGUUUUAAGUAUUAACAGUUCAAAGAAAAUUGAAUUAAAUUCUAAAAGUGAUCAAAGUACAUUAAAAAAUUCUAUUUCUGAGUCAUUUUUAAUGGAAAAUAAAGAAAAUAUGAGUGAUGCAAAUGUUGAUGAGAUAAUUUCGGUUCAGAGUGAAAAUUCUAAAACUGAUAGUAAUGAAAGCAAACCUUGUUCUGAAAUACUUUCUGAAAUAAUUUCACAUAAAGAAACUACUGAACAUGAAUUAAAUAGUAAUAUUUCAACAUCUUUUUCUGAAGGACCUUUAUCAUCCAUUCAUGAAUCUGAAAUAAAUUAUUCAGAAUAUUUGGAGAAAAAUGAUAAAGAGGACAGUUAUUCUGAUAGCGAAAAGUCAUCAGCAGUUGAUUCGUACAAUAAAUCAGAUAAUAUUGAACAAGUAUUUUCAAAUAUUCUUGACACAGUUACUGGAAAAACUUCAGAGAAAAUUAGUUCUAACGUUAUUGAAAAUAAAUCAGUCAAAACAGAGACAGUACAGACUGCAUCAAAUUUUAGUAAUUAUUCGUAUGAGUCAUCAUUAUCUGGAAGUGAGAAAGAAGUUAAAGAUUCAGUAAGUGAUGAAGAAGAAAAUUCUAACACAAUAAAAAGAAGUAUAGAAGAGAAAUCGACUAGUAUAUCUGAUUAUUCUCUCUCGAAUGGAUCAGAAAUUUCUAAUCCUUCAAUAUCAAGGUAUUUAGAUAUGAUUAUUUUAAAAUAUAUUUUUAUAGAAAUGAAUAAAUAGUGU